GCCAAAGUAUAUAUGGGUGUUCGUGACCAUCAACCAUUACAUAUUACUAGAGCGGAUCUUAGAGAUAAGACGACAAAAACUCCAUCAGACUCCAGAAUGGUGAAGACUCCAGUUUCAGUGGUGACCAGUCUGUUGGUGCUGCUGUCUGUUGUGGCCGUGUCACACUGCAUCUCCGAGUGUCGUUCUGACCACGACUGUCACCCUUCAGAGUGUUGCGUCUUUGCGACUGGAAAGUUUGGAGGGACGUCCUGUGGGUCCCGAGGCCGCCAGUACGACCAGUGUCGUCCUACGGAGAGUGAGCCACACAACGUGACAGUGAGCGACCCUGGCAGUUCAACGGUCUCGGGCUCCGCUCACUAUCACCUGUGCCCCUGCCUGCCUGGACUCGUCUGUGAUCCUGACUUGGGGUUCUGCAAACGUGGACUGCCACCGGGUAGCGAGUCUCACCCUGCUCAGCAGCACUGAUCCACUUUUGUCACUUGAGCAGUACUUUUUAUUUAUUUCAUCAGAUCUGCAAACACACACUUAUUUGAAACUGUAUGAAAGUAAAAGAAAGAUCCACUCAAAUGUUUAUAAGUUUCAGACCUUUAACAUUUCUGUGAUUUUUAGUACAUGGCCUACGUGUUUCUUAUAUUAAUUUACGUCCAAUAAAAAUUUUAAAUUUA